CUCUCUUACUGACAGCAACAUUAGCAGAUACAGUAUUAGUAGAUUCGUUGAUAGUAACAUUGGAUGAUUCGUUGAAAGUAACAUUGGCAGAUUCGUUGGUAGUAGCAUUAACAGAUUCAUUGAAAAUAACAGUUUCAGCAUUAGCAAUUUCAUCAACG